GGUUCAAGAAAGUUUCGGCUGCAGUUGUCGAAAGAUGUUUGACGUUAGCACAGUGGAAAGAAGCGUUCGUGUGCGUUGUGUAAAUUUUUAGUUUUCGCGUGAUAGCCACGACAUACAGACUGAAAAGACUCUAACUCCAAGGAGUAAUUUCAUUAAGAACUGGAAACUGUGAAGAACGCAUGGGGAGAAGCAAAUUAUUCGAGCUGUUGGUGGUGGCGGCGGUGACAGCAGCGGCCGCAGCGACUGGUGCUGGUUCCGGCUCCGGCUCCGGGGCAGGCCUGUCGUGCUCGCUGGACCGGCAGUUCUGGGACGAGCGGCGCGGCCGCUGCCUGCCCUGCACGCAGUGCCCCGACGGGCAGGUAGUUCUGGCGCCCUGCGCCGUCAACCGCGACACCGACUGCGGACCCAUCUCCAAGCUCAUGAUCGACUGGUCCUGGCUGCCCAGGCGCUCCAAUAGGACCGCUGCGCCUCCCUCGCACCGCCACCAUCACCACCACCACCAUCACCACCGCAAGAGCCACCGCCACGGUGACGGGUGGUCCUCCUCCUCCGAGAUCGACUCGUCGGCGUUCUCGUCGCACUCGGAAGAGCACUCGGAAGACACUCCGCGGCCGGCGCGCAGGCGGCAGGGCCACCACCACCACCACUCUCGCUGGUCCUCCUCCUCCUCGUCGUCGUCCUCUUCCUCGUCCUUCGCGGAGGAAUCGUCCUAUAGCUCGUCUGCGGAGGACGGGUUCGGUACUUUCAACAGGACGUCGUCGCUGUCCUCGCAGCGGAGGAACAAGACGUCGCAGCACAGGAAGCACGGCGGCGGUGGGCGGAAGCACGGCCACCACAGCCACACCCACAGCCGGCACCGCGAGGAGCACCGCCAGCGCAACUUCACCGGCCACCAGAUGCCGGACGUCAGGAAGCCGAUGCUGCCCGAGUCGGCGGCGCAGCUCAAGGAGGACUUGGCGCCGUCGCCGGCCCAGACCACGGCCCGGCCGCACCACGCACAGCCUCAAGCCCAGCAGCACCAGCACCAGCAGCCGUUCUCGACGGCCGAGACGCUGGUGUGGGACUGGCAGGUGGUGGUGCUCGCGCUCGCCGUCUGCGCCUGCCUGCUCUUUUUCCUUGUCACGGGCAUCUACUCCAUACACCACGCGCGCCAGUGGCGCAGGCUCAAGGACAACUUCGAGGCUGACAUGGAGGAGCUGUCGGCGCAGCUGAGCCUCAUGUCGCCCGCAGUGGCCGCCGCCGCUGCCGCCGCCGCCUCCGAGCCUGCGGGCGGCUCGGCCGCUCCGGAAUGCUCGUAUCUCGAGCAGCUGCUUGUUCAUAAACAGCAAAGUGAGCCUUUGGAUGUCCAUGGGAAUGUGUACAUUGAUGGCAACAGUCACCGUGUGUGAUGGGUUCUCCUGCACUCUUCUGGCUGAAGAAUGUUUCAUUGGAGAGGCUAAGCACUGCCUACACAAAGGAAACACUUGUCUGCUUGCUAAGAAGGCCUUAAAGAGCCUUUACCAGAUGGCACAGCAAAUGAUGAUGUGGGUGACAGUAAAAUGUUUUGCUGUCAGAGUAGCUGAAACCAGAUUAUAUGGAGUUUAUGCUGCUCCAAAUGUAUUCAGUCUUGUUAUUUCAGUGUUGCCAUAUGUAACUCUAUUAAUGCAUAUUGGCUAACAAGUGACAUACAUAUUCUGUAGGUGAAGUCAUUAUUUAUAUGUAUAUAGUAUACAGUGAUGUAUGUAUAAUUGAACAGGAACCUGUAAAAUAAUUGUACAAAGGAUGAGUACUUUACAUUUCAAACUAUGUGUCUAUUACAGUUAUCUUUAAAAUGUGUUCCUCAUCAAUUUUAUGAAAACAGUUCUUACUGUUAAGGGUUCACUGGAGUUAGUUUAUUAGUAAUGUAAAUGGAGUUUAGGGUUUCUGUAAAAGUGCAAAUACAGUAGUUUGAGUAAACUGUGACUGUUGUUACACCGAUUUCUGUUAAUAAUGUAGAGAGUUGUAUGGACUGUACUAGUGAAUGAAAGUUCUUGUUUGAAUACGGUAUGAAAAGUCCAAUAUAAACCGAGAAUAUGCAGUGUAGCACAAGUGUAAAUAAAUGAAAUGUGAUUUCCACACUGUUUAUUAUUGAUUUUUGUACUGUGAGUUACUUGCACAAAUACAAACAAAUUAAAGAAUUUAAGGUAAACAUAUUGCUUCCGGUAGUUUUGUAACCAUGAAAUAAUUGAUUAAUGAAUAUCUUGUGUGUUAAGCUGCUUUUUGUAACAUGCAUCUGGGUUAAUUGCUUCUGAGCUCAGCCUACAAAAGUACGAAUCACAGUCACUUUUAAAUAACUGUGAAAUAUGAUAAUAAUGUCAAUGAAAUUUGUCUAUGAUGAAAUAUUUCAUAAAACAGCCAGUCAGUUGUAGUUUUAAAUACAAAAAUGCAGAUUAACUUUCACUGGACAGUGUAAAUAUAACCACUUUUUGUAGAUCAGUCAUCCAAAUAAACAGUGUUAAUAUUAAGUGAAUUGCAAAUUUUUUCUUACAUACUGAAUGAGAACCUUCUACUCACUGAUUAUACAAAACAUCGUAGGCACUAUUAUGUUUCAUAGCCCGAAAUCACUUUGUGUAACCAUAAAUUAAAAUCCAUUCCAUAAUCUCACAAUCUAAAUUUCUUGAGAGGUUAUUCCACUGGCAAUGUUUGUCUCCCAGUUUAAUUCAUGUACAAAAAUAAUGACUGUUAUUGUCUAGCAUUUCCCAGUGAAACAAACAUUUCUUUAAUAUGUGUCACAAUAAUUCAGCUCAGCUCAUUAAUUGUUGUGAUCACUCAUCACAGUCAAAAUUAUGACAGAAAGCAUUUUGAUUGGAUGGUCUUUGUAACUCACUUAUACAAACUUGAUUUUGAUUCACUAUUUGAUUCAAAACUGGGAUGCCUUCAGACUUCUAUUAGACUGGCUUUAACAUUUCACUGUUUACCAUCAUUCUUAUUUAGUCAUAAUGUUACACUUUAUGAAGAUAAAAUCAUAGCUUCAUAAUUAAUUACGUGUAUUUGUUGUAAAAUAGUGGCACCCUAGUAAUGUGAUCAAUGGACAGCUUUCUUGUAUAGCCUUUACGUAGCUAGAUACAAUGCUUAGUAUCAAAUAUAUCUAACAAGAACCGAUAGAAAACUAUUUAUAUUUCUGGAUAUUUGUCAUUUUAACACAAAUUUAACAUUGUAAUAAGUGGAGACACAAAUGAAAUAAGACCAGUUAUAAAAUUUGAAAACUGGCUUACCUAAUUGUAGCCAGUUAUACAGGUACCAGUACAGAUUAUAUUGUAUAAAGUAGUAAAGAUGACAUAAGUGUUGAUCACUUCUAGUCAUUAUUAUCAGUAAUUUUUCUGUACUGCAAAACAGAUCAAGGUCAUAUUACGAGUAUCCUAUAAUAGUGCAUUCUUGUAACAUAAGUAAGUACUGUUAUUCGUGGUAAAUAGAUCUUAACAUUGCCAUAAAGGUAUAAUAUGUAAAGCAACAAUGAAUUUUUUCUUACAAAAUUGUGUUGUAUAUUUUGUGUGGAGUAAUGUUCAUAUAUGACAGUUAACUUUAUUAUUUUUAUGAAUGUUAAUAUAUGAUUCAGCAAUAUCUUAAUGUGUUUAUCAAUGAAGAAAAUGAUCAGUAUUGCAUUGGCUUAUCAACGCAUAUAGUUAUGAUGAACAAUAUUACUUAUAAACGUUGAUGUAAACCUACCUGAUACAGUAUAGUGCAUUA